AUGGUUGGGCGACUCGGCUAUGUCCCAGCAGCCGACGGCAACGAUACGAGACGGUAUCUGCCACGUCGAAAUCCCAGCUUUGCGGGCUACGAGCAAAUCCCACGGCUCCCUCCUCCUCCUUCAUAUUACUUACCUCCUUCUAUCCAUAAUCGAUACGUCUCCGCUCAAGGUCGUCUCUGGAGAAUAUCCUCCCCUAAUUCCUUUCAGAACCCCUUCUGUCCUGGUUCUCGACCGACCAACUUGAAUCUCAGAGUCAGUUACUUCGAGGAACAACACCGACAUUAUGACGGACAUAUGGGGCCCUUCGACCCUACAAGGAACACUCAACUCUGGUUCCCUGGAAAGGAGUGGAGGGCUCUAAUCUUGACGCCCGCUGCGGUAACACCGCGCGAUAAUCCUGAAUACGAACCCGUGACGAAUUGUUGGAAGAGCGAUGCAGCUCCCGCCUUCGAUACAGGCCGAAUUCAUCCUUCCUACAUCGAUAAUCUCAUCCAUCUAAACCAGCAAAUCAGACGAUUCCCUCUAGUGGUUGAUUGGGUCAUGGAAGCUCAACAAGGUUUAAAGGACAAACGUGCCUUUGUGGAUUACGUCUCUCGGCUACAGGCUACUCCCUUUUGGAUGCCAGACGCCAACGCCAUGUCCAGGAUGGCGGAUGAUCGCUACUUGGGCGUCUGGUUGAACGGGAUGGACGAACGGCAAGUGCGAUGGUACUUGAAGGAAGGCAUCCCCUGCUUCAUAAAGAACAAAUCCCCCGUCAAGGAGCCGUCAACGUCACAUGCAGCCGCAUGGGCGUGGUCUGGAACCCAAGUUCAGAAGGAUAAGACCACUACUAAGGAACCGUCGAUGAUUCAGACCAUCGAUUAUGGGCCCCCUCCUCUGGAGACUGUGAUCAUCGUGAAAGACCGAGUACCCUGGAUUAAACCUCCACCAGUCAAAAGAGCCGCCCCUAGCCAACCGGGUGCUCCUCCACUCGAACGGAAAAAAUGGAUCAAGUGGGUGGAGAACUACCAGCCAGAAGGGUCCUUUCGCGAAGUAGGAGCCAAGUUCGUCCCCGAUCAUCCAGCCAUAGAUGUAGUCCUAGCCCUACGAGGGGGGAAAUUUUUGGUUUUUUUGGGUGAAAUAUCAAUAUCUGGCAUCAGAUAUGAUAGAAAAAUCAAGGGUAGCUUGCUAAUGUUUGAAAUCUGUUCUAUUUUUGGAUCCAACAUAAAUGGUACAUCCUGGAUCAGUAUUGAUGACUGCUCGUCAUGGAGCUGCAUCUAG